AUGUUGGACAGUAGUAACAGUGAAAGUGAUGAGGAAGAAUUUGAUUUUGCAUCGUAUAAAAUGCGAUUAAGAAUUCGGGGUAAAAGAAAGACACAAGCACGAUCUGUAGCUGACCGCUUUGGUAUAGGCAAGUCAUCAUUGAGUAACUGCUUCAUGCGUGUCAUCAAAGCUUUCAAUGACAUUGCUGGUGAUGUAAUUGUUUGGCCAACUGGUAGUAAGCUUUUGUAUAUAAAAGAAAAAUUGAGAGGAAAUGAUGGUUUAUCUGAUGUCAUUGGUGCAAUUGACGGUACUGAUAUUGAAGUAAAAGGUCCUAAAGAAAAUUGUCAAUUCUACAUCAACAGGAAGAAGCGGUUCAGCGUCACUCUCCAAGCUGUUUGUGAUUCUCAGCUUAACUUCACAGAUUGUUUUGCUGGUUUUGCAGGCUCUGUUGGUGAUUUACGAGUUUUUAGAAACUCAGAUUUAUAUUAUUGGAGACAAAGCAUACCCUGCUUGACAUGGUGUAUUCCACCUUUCCGUAACUUUGGAAACUUGACACGGGCUCAAGACAAAUUCAAUCAGGUUCUCUCUAAAAUGAGACAAGUAAUUGAACGAGCUUUCGCUCUGCUGAAGGGAAGAUGGAGGAGAUUAAAAUACCUGGACAUGAAUAGAGAUGAAAUGAUUCCCUUUACCAUAAUAGCGUGUUGCGUGCUUCACAACAUAUGUCUCAAUGGUGAACAUGAUACUAUUGAUGAUUUUAUUGCUGAAGGGCAUGAUGAUACACCUAAUAAUGAAAUUUUUGAGGAGGAGGAGGUUAUUAGAAACGAUGCAAAUGGUGAAGCAAAGCGUCAUUUAGAAAUUAAAGAGGCCGUUUAGGACCGGGCAUAGGUGUAAGUAGCCAGUUAAAUUAAAUUAUUUAAGUGAAUUCAUAUACCGUAUUCUUUUCCAACAUAUCCUGUGCACCAGUUACAUACUAGUCUUAAAACACAGGUUAAUCCCCGUAAGUGGAAGUGUUAUCGUCAGUGAAUUCACGU